GGUUGUUUUUCAAUGGAUCCCUAUCAACAAGCUGGUCAACCUUCUUCUUCAACAAAAGUCGAAAGAAAAAUAAUAGAGAAAAAUAGGAGAAAUAAGAUGAAGAAUCUUCAUUCCAAACUCAACUCUCUUCUUCCUAACUAUAAUCCCAAGGAAACCUUACCACUAAUUGAUCAAGUUGACGAUGCUAUAAACUACAUAAAGAGCUUAGAGACAAAUUUGAAAUUGGCGAAGGAGAAGAAAGAAAGAUUAAUGAGAAGCAAGAGAUCGCGUAGUGGCUGUUUGAGUUCUUCUGGAGCAAAAGGAAGCGUAAAAUCACCAAAAAUAGAGAUUGAUGAAAAUGGUUCUUCUCUACAAGUUAUUGUAACAUGUGGGGUUGAUGAACAGUUCAUUUUCUAUGAAAUUCUAAGAAUACUACAGGAAGACCACGUGGAGGUCAUCUCAGCAAAUUCUUCAUCGAUAGGAGAUUCAGUUAUACAUGUUGUGCAUGCAGAGAUUCUGCAAUCAUUGCUUCAAUUUGGAGCGACCAAUAUAGGUGAAAGAUUGAAAAAGCUUGUGAAUGGAUCUACGAGAGUGGUGCAAUUAACAGAGCCUCAGUUGUGGGAUUUUGAGAUUAGAAAUGAGAAUUGGGAUUUAAAUUCUAUAGUAAACCAGUGUUUACCGAAUUCUUGA